AAGCCCACGGUGCCCAAAUCCAAUUGAUCAGACACGCAAACCCAUUGUUGCUUUCUGUUGCUUCAGAUCACAAAAACCGUGUAGUCUCAAUUGUUUGAACCAAAUUCGCAUCACGAAACGCAGAUGAGUGCGGACGCCAAUCAACGCCUCGCCAGAAUUUCUGCUCACCUUAAUCCUCCCAAUCUCCAGAUGGGGGACGGUUUUGGGUUGCGACUAGCAAAUUGCAGGGCAAAAGGGGGAUCUCCGGGAUUCAGAGUUGCAAUCUUGGGAGCCGCAGGGGGCAUAGGGCAGCCCCUGGCCUUGUUGAUGAAGAUGAAUCCACUGGUUUCGGUUCUUCAUCUAUACGAUGUUGUCAGUACUCCUGGUGUCACUGCAGAUAUCAGUCACAUGGACACUGGUGCUGUGGUGCGUGGUUUCCUGGGACCAAAGCAAUUGGAGGAUGCGCUUACUGGCAUGGACCUUGUCAUUAUUCCUGCUGGUGUGCCUAGAAAACCAGGAAUGACAAGGGAUGAUCUAUUCAAUAUCAAUGCUGGCAUAGUUAAAAUCCUUUGUGAAGGAAUUGCUAAGUGUUGCCCUAAUGCAAUUGUCAAUUUGAUCAGUAAUCCUGUAAACUCUACAGUACCAAUUGCAGCAGAGGUUUUCAAGAGGGCUGGCACCUAUGAUCCGAAGCGACUGUUGGGAGUUACAAUGCUUGAUGUUGUCAGGGCCAAUACUUUUGUGGCUGAAGUUUUGGGAAUUGAUCCUAGGGAUGUUGAUGUUCCCGUUGUAGGGGGUCAUGCUGGGGUUACAAUUUUGCCGCUUCUGUCUCAGGUUAAACCCUCAUGCUCUUUCACCCCAAAAGAAAUUGAAUAUCUGACUGCUCGUAUACAAAAUGGUGGAACUGAAGUUGUUGAGGCAAAAGCUGGGGCUGGAUCUGCAACACUAUCGAUGGCAUAUGCCGCUGUCAAAUUUGCUGAUGCAUGCUUGCGAGGCUUGAAAGGAGAUGCUGGUGUUGUUGAAUGUGCUUUCGUAGCCUCUCAGGUGACUGAGCUUCCUUUCUUUGCAACCAAGGUACGGCUUGGCCGUACAGGAAUUCAGGAGAUAUACCCACUUGGUCCCUUGAAUGAGUACGAAAGGUUUGGGUUGGAGAAGGCGAAGAAAGAGUUAGCGGCGAGCAUCCAGAAGGGCAUUUCUUUCAUCAAUAAAUGAGCUGGUCCCAGAGGCAUGGUUUGGAUGCUGCCAUACGUCCCGGUUAUUAUACUCUUGUUCUCCCAAGAUCACAGUUGAUGGAAAUAAGUGGUAGUCAUGGUUGUAUUGAAACCAAAUAGAAGUGAGUUGGGUCUUGCAUAGGUUAUGUUGUUGCAUCAUAUAAGUAGGAGAGAAAGGAAGGCCUUUCAUCAGUUUCACGUAGAUUGCUUCUACAUCUUUAGGUGGGAACCAUUAAUAAAGAUAUGGAUAUGGGUAUUCUUGAAGCUUCCCAAGCGCUUUACUUUCA